AUGACACAACAACCACACGAUAUGGGCUACCUCGACUACGGGACGUCGACCAGUCGCUCCCCUAGCUCGUCGAGGCCGACAUAUGCCGCCGGCGGUAAUUUCGCCGCAGGCCUUUCGCUUCCUCGCCAGUCACAGCGCCCCUUCGACGCUCCCCUAGGCUCAUCCGCCCUCUAUCCCGCUGAGAGACUUGGUGGAGGCUACAACCCCCGUGGUAUGGACGGCAUGGCUGGUGGGAUGCAGGGAUACAUGUUGGAUAAUGGCCAGGCCUGGAGCUACAACACAAGCGGCGUCGCGACUGUCAACGGCGCUGUCAACGGCCCCGGCCGACAGAGGAGCGUAAACCGACGAGCAGCUCUUCCUCAGAACUGGACUGACCACGGCGGUCUUGGCAUCCAUGGAGGUCUUCAGCCUUUUUCAGGCGGGAUCAACAACAACCCCAUGUCAAACGGUGGCCUCCGAGUUGACCACCCCGGCUCUCACGGCUCUCCGACCGAUCUUCGAUCGACGACCUCGGACAACGACCAGCUCAUCCCUACGGCUAUUGUGAUCAAGAACAUUCCAUUUGCGGUUCGCAAAGAGACUCUUGCCUCCAUAAUGCUGGAGAUGCAUCUCCCGCAACCCUAUGCGUUCAACUAUCAUUUCGACAAUGGAGUUUUCCGAGGUCUGGCUUUUGCCAACUUUCAGUCUGCUGAAGAUACUCGCAUGGUGAUUGAGGCGAUGAAUGGUAUGGACGUCCAUGGUCGCAAGCUUCGUGUGGAAUACAAGAAGAUGCUCCCUGAGGCUGAGCGGGAACGAAUUGAGCGCGAGAAGCGUGAGCGCCGUGGCCAGCUUGAGGAGCAGCACCGCGCCCCUAUGCUGCACCAGCAGAGCUCCAUUCAGUCUCUGGGUGGUCUCUCGCAAACUCAGCAGCAACGGGGCGGUACCUCUCAUCUCGGAGACAUCGACUUGAAUGACCCUCAGACUCUCGAGUUUUACACCGAGCUGGUUAUGUUCCGCCGCGAUGAUUCUCGCGAGAUCCUGGUCUUCCCUCCUGGCAUUGCCCCUGAGCACCGACGAUCCAUUCACAUUCUUGCCCAUCACAUGGGUCUUGAGCAUCAGUCGAUUGGCGAGGCCGACUCGCGACAGCUUACCGUCCUCAAGCGACAGCAACCUUCGCCCACGGCCAACAUCCACAACCAGCCCGCCACCAGCCUGGACAUGCACAAGCGUGGCCUCAGCCGUGCUGCCACUUUUGACUUUGCUGCUGAUCGCGAGACCAGGGCCGCCAGCAGCACCUACUCGCACGUGCUUGGACGCCAGGGCCCAACGCUUGAGCUCCCCGGCAGCCCCGACGGCAACGGUAUCCCCAACAACCUGCGCGCCGCCAAGAGCUUUGCCGACCUCCGAUCCUUUACGCCUAGCCCUUCGCAGGCUUCUUCCAGCUACCUCGCCCCUGCUGGCAUGAACAACAUGACCAACUCGACAGCUCGCUUUGGAGACUACAUGAGCGGUACCAUGUCCCCCUCUGGCCACCCCGGCAGCUCUGGUACUCCUGGCCCUAAGAAUGAGUCGGCACUGCUCGGCAGUCUCAGCAGCUUGAACCUGGGAUAUGAUUCCGGGGCCAUUCCCAACCAGGCACGAAGCACCCCUGGUGCGAUCGGCAGCCAGAGACCCAGCAGCAACUCCAAGGGUGCCCCUGAGCGACAGCCCCGCGGUCCCGAGUGGGAGACGACUGCUGGAUUUUCCGGACGUCGUGCUAACGGCCACGUUGCGCGCGGCAGCGAUUCGUCAGACAACGGUGCGCGAGUGGGCUCCAGCUCCACCAACGCCUCGCGAUAUCACUGA